UAAGACAGUUUUUUUUCCAUGCACAAAUUAUAAUUAGGAUAUUCUUUCAGCCAGUUAUCUAUCCUGGUUGGUAGAUUUUCCAGCUUUCUUUCUUUCUCUCUCCUCUCCUUAAUUUUUUUUCCCCUUUUCUUGUUCUUCUUAAUUCUUGCAUUUUUUCAUGGAUGAUGAAUUAGAAAAAUCCCAAGAUUGCUAUUAUUUUCCAGGAAUUCGAGAUUUCUGGAAGAAAUACAAAUCAAAUGCAGAAAAACAUCAACAUGAUGAUCAUCAUCGUCGUCGUCGUCAAAAGCCUCAUAUUUCAUCAAUUAAUAACAAGGUUAAGCCUGGUGAUGACUGCAAAACUAUUCCUCAUGCAUUUGAGAAAGAAUUUUUUAAGGCCACCCAUGAAAAAAUGCAAGAUGCCAAUCAUUUGCGUAAGUUCCAGAAGGUCAACAAAAAAAAAAGUGGGAAUGGAGUGGAAGAGCUUAACCAAAUGAGUCAAAAACACAUUCAUCAUAAUAAUAAUAAUAAUAAUAAUAAUAAAAAUAAUAAUUAUGAUUAUGAUAAUCAACAUAAUAAUUGCUUCAAAUCAAUAAUUUUAUUGAGUGUAAACAAGAAAAAGAAAGUGCCAUCACUUGGCUCAUCCUUUGAUCUCCCAAAAACCCAAACUAUUGAACGGGUAGACGUGAACAUGCCCAAUGUUCGAGGUUUCAACUCGACUCCUUCAUUUGGAAGAUCAAGGAGUAUAAAUAUAAGCAAAUUUGAACAAGGUACUAAAACAUACAACACCUCAAAUAGAGCACCUACAAUCAAUAGGAGUGUCUCAACUGGUAGGACAUCAAGCUUUAACCGGAGGUAUGGUUCCGCCACCAAUAGAGCCACCAGCAUUGGCAGAUCAACCAGCGACAUGGCGGCCAAAGUGCGAAAAAGGAGUGUAAGUAGAAGUGGUCCGAUGAUUAUGUUCUCCAACUCAAGUGGGAAGUUGAAACCUCCGGCUACUGAAAAGCAGCUAGAGUGCACACUUGAGGAGUUAUAUCAUGGUUGUGUCAAACAUAUCAAGGUUUCUAGAGAUGUUUUUUCUGUCACCGGGCAGAUAGUCAAUGAAGAAGAGGUUUUGACAGUGAACAUAAAGCCAGGAUGGAAGACAGGAACAAAGAUAACCUUCCAAGGAAUCCCUAACGAGGAUCGACCAGGCGAGUAUCCCGGGGAUAUAAUCUUCAUCGUCAUCGAGAAACACCACUCGUUGUUCCGGAGGAUAGACGACGAUCUCGACCUGGAGAUAGAAAUCCCUCUAGUGGAUGCCCUAACAGGGUGCAACUUACACAUCCCUGUACUAGGGAAAGAGAAAAUGAGCUUGGAAAUUGAUGAGGUUAUUUAUCCAGGUUAUGAGAAAAUGUUUGUAGGUCAAGGAAUGCCUAACCAAAAGAACCCUAAUCAUAAGGGUAACUUGAAAGUCAAGUUUCUAGUAGCAUACCCUGAUAACUUAACUGAUGAACAAAGGUCUAAAAUUUUUAGAAUUUUGAGCAACCAUUAAUUAGUUUGAUUAACUUUCUCUCUACUACUUCUCUUUGGAAGUCUGUACAUAGUUUUGAGAGUUUUUGACACGUUUGGUUUUACGCGUGCUAUUAGGGAUCGGAUUAUAUAUGAAGAAAUCAUAUCAUCUU